UAUUGUCCCGAUAAAACCAAACCCUUAUCAUCUCCCAAAACAACGCGGACCUUGCGAACUUUCCACGGCGCUUCUGUUUACCGUUUCGUCUCUGUACUCUAUAUCAGCUUUGUGAAAAUCGGUGCAGCUUUUAAGGCGUUGACCGUUUUGGAUCACCUCCGGAUUUGAAUAAUCCGACUAUCAGUUUAUCUAUAUCCAAAUGAGUCUCCCACAGGAACCACACCGCCCUUCUCUCCGAUUUGGAAAUCCUUUCAAAAUGAUAUUACCCAAGGGCUCAUACUUGUCUCCUAGGCUUCUUGCUCUGUUGAAUGCCUUUGAGGGGACAUUAGCAGGCAGGCUUAAGAGUCUUAAGCCUGGAGGCAAGGGAGAUAUCCUUAGCCUAUCAUGGAUGAAACAAGCAAUAAGCACACUUUGUGCAAUUCAUACAGAUGUGAAAACUCUUAUUACUGAUCUUGAGCUUCCUGUAUCUGACUGGGAUGAGAAGUGGAUUGAUGUCUACUUGGACAAUAGUUUGAAGAUGCUGGAUAUGUGCAUUGCUUACAGCUCUGAGAUAUCCAGGCUUAGCCAAGGUCACCUUUAUCUUCAAUGCGGCUUGCACAACUUGGAUGGCUCCUCAACACAGUUCAUGAAGGCUCGUUCUUCGUUGGACGGAUGGAAGCAUCAUAUUAAUUCAAAGAACCACAGACUGGAGAAUUGCUUUGCCAUCUUGGACAGCCUCACUGAAUCACUGAACCUACCCAAGAUCAAGAAUUCUGCGAAAGGGAAGGUUCUGAUGCACGCAAUGUAUGGAGUGAGGGUUGUAACUGUUUUCAUAUGUAGCAUCUUUGCUGUUGCAUUCUCAGGUUCGGCGAAGAAAUUGAAGGAUCUUCAGGUUCAUGAGACUUGCUUGUGGACUGAAGCUUUUGUUGAUCUUCGUGAUUUUAUUAGUGGGGAGAUCAGGAGCAUAUAUUCCGGAGGCAAGUUCACAGCAUUGAAGGAGCUUGAAGCAGUGGAUGUAAGCGUGAAGAAGUUAUACCCAGUCAUACAGGAUGGAAUAGACCCUAUUGACGCAGAACAGUUGGAACUUCUAACUUCAGAUCUGACUAAAAAGUCAGAAAAACUUUCGGAAGGACUAGAUCUCCUAACAAAGGAGACGGAUAAGUUUUUUCAGAUCCUUCUAACCGGACGUGAUGCUUUGCUUUGUAACCUUAGAGUUGGUAGUGCAGUCAUUAAACCAGUGCAACCAAACAACAAUGUACAUAAACAAAUGGUAAAGUGAAUAGGAAAAAGGGAGUCUUUUGUGUAUACACAUGCGUGUGGGUGUGGGUGCGUGUGUCCAUGUGGAGUUUUGUGCUUUCUGGUUAAAUAUGAUGUACUGCUAAGAAGUGCAAUAUAUAGUAAUUGUUGUGAUAAAGGUUGUUUAUCAUUGCUAUAUACUUGUUUUAUGGUGGUGGAUAUAUAUCUGUACUUAUAUACUAUGUCUAUGAUGUAUAAAAAUGGUUUAUGGUUCACUUUAAA